AUGGCCAGGGCCAGCAACGUGGUCGCCUUGCUCGCCGUCGCGGGCUUGGCACUCAUCGGCUCGACAGAAGCCCUGCUGCCCGGGCUUACGGAGGGCGUGCCAGAGGAGUGCCAGCCCUUCAUUGAAAAUCUCGUCAGCAACUGCACGAUUGAGCUCCUGGACGUGGCCACCAAGUUCGAGAUCCCCUUCCCCGUGCCGGAGGACUUCAUGGCGCCCAACAUCACAGAAGAGCAGGUCACGAACUACACGGACACGAUGCCGCCAGUCAGCGAGAUGUGCUGCACGAACAUGUGCCUGACCGCCAACAGCGUAAGUGCGGAGGACUGCGCUUUAAAAAUGCUACAUCUCCGUUCUGCAAGUGGGGUUUGCGUUUUCCCAGGCUUGGUACUUACGGCGUUAACGCAAAAACGGAGCCGUAAACGCAGGGACCAAGCCGGUAUUUUCCAUCCAUUUUGGAGGCCAUUGGGGGUCGCAUGA